UGGAGCUCCAUCAACUACCAGCAGGAAGAAGAGUGAUCAACAAUGGAGACUGACAGAAGAAGCUCCAUUGCCCGUUUGCUCUCCAGCUGCUUCUUCCUCGCCUUCCUCGUUCACUCUUCCAACUCAAAGGCAGAAGUUCACCACCAUGACUUUAUUAUCCAGGAGACUCCAGUGAAAAGGCUAUGUAAGUCUCACAACAUCAUUACGGUGAAUGGCCAGUUCCCAGGCCCAACUAUUGUAGUCAGGGACGGCGACACCUUGAUCGUCACUGUUGUCAACCGUGUUCAAUAUAAUGUUACAGUGCACUGGCAUGGAAUACGGCAAAUAAGAACUGCUUGGUCUGAUGGACCCGAGUUCGUGACUCAGUGUCCGGUUAAACCCGGAGGCACCUUCACAUAUAGGUUCACCAUCAAAGAUCAGGAAGGAACACUUUGGUGGCAUGCUCAUAGCUCUUGGCUAAGGGCUACAGUGUAUGGUGCUCUUAUCAUCCAUCCUAAGGAGGAGAAUAGCUUUCCCUUUCUACAACCCAAAAGGGAAUACCCAAUCCUUCUUGGCGAGUGGUGGGACCAGAAUCCCAUCGACGUUAUCCACGAAGCAAUCCGCACCGGGUCCUCCCCCACCAUCUCCGACGCCUUCACCAUUAACGGCCAGCCCGGCGAUCUCUACAAUUGCUCCUCCAAAGAGAUCAACACCUUCCCUGUCAAUCCCGGCGAGACCGUUCUCCUCCGCGUCAUCAACGCCGCCCUCAACACCGAGCUCUUUGUCUCCAUUGCCGGCCACCCAAUGGUCGUCGUCGCCGCCGACGCCUCCUACAUUAAACCCUUCUCCACGUCCGUCAUCAUGCUCGCUCCCGGCCAAACCACCGACGUCCUCAUCACCGCCAACCAACCCGCUACCCGCUACUACAUCGCUGCCCGUGCAUAUUCCUCCGCCGAAUCCCUCCCCUUCGAUAACACCACAGCCACCGCCAUUCUCGACUACGACUGCAACUGCCUCCCCGAACCGAACCAACCACCCCCUGCCCUGCCCAUCCUCCCUGCAUUCAACGACACUCUCACCGUCGCCUCUUUCUCCGCUGCCUUCAGGAGUCCCACGUUCGUCAAGCUGCCAGGCCCCGUCGACGAGCAUCUCUUCUUCACCGUCGGCCUAGGUUUAUUCGACUGCCUGCCCGGUCAGAUCUGCGGAGGGCCAAACCAAACCCGGCUCACCUCUAGCAUUAAUAACUACUCGUUCGUUCUUCCAUCGAGCUUAUCCAUCCUUCAGGCGCAUCAGCUGGGCGUGCCCGGGAUUUUCACUCCCGAUUUCCCGGCUAAGCCACCGGUGGAGUUCGACUACACUGGUAAAAACAUCGGAAGGGAGCUGUGGCAGCCGGAGCCGGCGACCAAGGUGUACAAAUUGAAGUUUGGUUCUGUGGUGGAGUUAGUGUUGCAGGGGACUAACAUUGUCGCUGCUGAGAACCAUCCGAUUCAUCUCCAUGGGUAUAAUUUCUACAUACUUGCGGAGGGAUAUGGGAACUUCGAUCCGGUUAAAGAUAGGGAGAAAUUCAACUUGUUUGAUCCGCCGCUGAGGAAUACGGUCGGGGUGCCGGUGAAGGGAUGGGCUGUGAUAAGAUUUGAGGCGGAUAAUCCGGGGGUUUGGCUUCUGCAUUGCCAUUUGGAUGUUCAUAUUACUUGGGGAUUGGCGAUGGCUUUCGUGGUGGAGGAUGGGCUUGGGGAGCUGGAGGCGUUGGAGCCGCCGCCGGUGGAUCUGCCGUUGUGCUGACUGCGGAGAGGGGGGAGAGGGGAUCUUAGCUUCAGGGAGGACUGAUGAUUUACUGUUUCGAUUUGAUGGAACUGUCUCUGGUUUUUAAAUGUUGCCGAUUUCGCAUGUUGGGUUGAGCAAUAAAGAUGGGACUGGAAAAUGGGGGAGGAGAGAGAGGAUAUACACUUCCAAAUUUGA